GCCCCGGUCCCGGUUCCGGUUCCUGAGGCAGCCAGCUGUGCCCCCAGCCCCACUGGAGCCGGUCGGGCUCCCGGCCCCGAGGGAGCAGGCUGUGACCCCGGCCGCGCCGGGAGCCAUGAGAAGAGCUGCAAAUGCUGCCCUGUGGAGAACCCACUGACUGUGGUCAGCUGGUGCUUAGCCAGUGACUUGUGGUAGCACCAGAUGAAUCUCAGCACUGAGAGAUCAGUAGGUGGCAACGAGGAACACUUGUGGAAGCCAGAAACUUUGGCACAAUGAGAUGCCUCACCCAUCCACUGCUCAGGAGGUUGCUGAGUCUCCCACCUCAGCAUGUGCCAGGGCGAAGGACUCCCUUCAGUAAAGGUGCUGUCCUCAGUCCAAAGCAGUUGUUUCUGAGGCAGAGCUGCGGUGCAGCACCUGGGCUCAUGACUGCCACUGAUACGGUCAACUAUUGGCAGAAGGUGUUCGAGACAAAUGGGAUCCCUGAAGCACGAGAAUCCAGUCAAUAUAUCGUGUCGUUUGUCCUGGGAGCAAAAACAUUUCAGAGCCUGGAUUCCAAAAGCCUCCACACUCCACUCACAGCACUGCAGCAGGAGCAAAUCCAGCAGCUGAGCCACAAGCGGCUACAAAGGAUGCCGGUGCAGUACGUGCUUGGAGAGUGGGAUUUCCAGGACCUGACCUUGAAGAUGAGACCCCCAGUAUUUAUUCCACGGCCUGAAACAGAGGAUCUUGUCUCUUUAGUUGUGGAGGAAGAAUUUCAGAAAUGUGAGAAUUCAGCCCUCUGUUUCCCAGUUCCUGUUCCUCAUCCUGUGAUCCUGGAAAUUGGCUGUGGCUCUGGAGCAAUUGCUCUGAGUCUGCUCUGUAAACUGCCACAGAGCAGAGUCAUAGCCAUAGAUAAAGAGGAGGCUGCCGUGGAUCUCACUAGAGAGAAUGCACGUAGGCUGCAACUCCAAGAAAGGAUUCACAUCAUCCACCAAGAUGUUUCACACAGUUCUGCCAAACAGCUGCUGCUUUGGGGCCCCAUAGAUGUCAUAGUCAGUAACCCCCCAUAUGUUUUCCAUGAAGACAUGGCUUCCUUGGAUGCAGAAAUCCUCCGCUAUGAGGACCUUGAUGCCCUGGAUGGGGGAGAUGAUGGCAUGAGAGUCAUCAAAACAAUUCUGUCUUUGGCUCCUUCUCUUCUGAAAGUUUCUGGGAGUGUGUUUCUGGAAGUUGAUCCCCGGCAUCCAAAUAUGGUGGAGCACUGGCUACAGGCACACCCAGAGUUACUGCUCACUCUCCAUGCCAUUCACAAGGACUUUUGUGGCAAGCCUAGGUUUCUGCACAUCCAGAAACAGAGCAGCUGAUAACUGUGUCAGACAUAACUCUCCUUUCAAGGAUGCUUUUUUGCUCUUGAGCCCAGCUCAACAGCUUGUUGAAAACCCCUUCUGCCUUGUGAAAGGAAUCUCCAUUCCCCAAUGUUGGACUCUCCUUGCAGUGAUAGACCCCUCAUUUCCUGACACAGACCUCAUCCAGAGAUGCAGAAGUUCAGCUGAGCAUGUGGAAGUGUUUCACCUUCCUCAGGGAACUGCAUGAAACAUUUUAGUCUGCUCUGCUAAAGUGACUCAGUCAUCUCAGGACCCAAGACAGAAGAGUUCACAGCUCCAGAUUAAAAAUACAACUUUUCAACAUGCCAAAUCAUCCAUUUGGCCUAGAAAGAAUUUAAUUUUAUUUUUUUAAAUUGGCCUUGAGAUACAUUUAUAUGGAAUGUGACCAGAUGGGAUGAUGAUAAGCCCAAACCCUGGCUUAUACUGGCACAUGGAUAUGCAGGUAUAACAGGACAUAACUCUUGUGCACAUUUCAAAUGCUGUUCAGUUCCAGGAUCCUGAUGCUCCAAUAGCAAAGCAGCUUUUGUUUUCCACUCCUGCUGAGUGAUUGUCUCUGAAGGAUCAGUGCACAUGUUACAGCACCUGAAUUUACAGCCCUUGACACUUGGUGGAUGCUGCCAGAAACAGUCAAAGCAUUUUAAUAAAGACAAUGCUUCAGAUCAGGGUCCUUAAAAGAAUUUCACUGCUACUAUUGAGAGAUGCUGGCAGGCCAGAUCUGGCAUCCACACAUUGCUCUGAUAGUAACAGAAAUGCCUAAAUAUACCACAUGAGGCAUUUAAUUGCAACACUUUACAGAGAAAGCCAGAGCCACUACUUUGGUUUUGCAGAUGGAGAAGUUGAAAAACAGGAGAUGGAAUGACCUGCACAAAAUUUGACAAGCUGAGUUUGGAGUAGGACCUAGUCUCUUGACAGGCAUGGGAAUAGCUGAGGUCUGUCUCUUUGGGAAGGGUGACUCAGGCUAGGGCUGCCUGAAACAGCACUGAGAGAAGUCGCUGAAGUGGACAGUCAACAUCAUGUCAGUGUAAAUAAUGGCAGGAUUGAAUUCAAGCUGCUGUUGCUGCUGUUUCCAGUGGUGCAGGUUCCCUUCCGCACCAUAGCUAGCCAGGGAAGGAAGGAAAGCAAGCCAAGGAAAGGGUCUGGUCUGCCAGUCCAGAUGGAGGUGAGCACUCAGGAGGGGUGGGAGUGUCCAGACAGGGCCCUGCUGUGUGUGUGUGUGCCAGGGAGGAGCUCCCAGGCUCUGUCCAGGCUGACCUGGGGCUGCACAGCCUGAGAUAUCAGGCAGGACAUGCAGCAGCAAACUGAGUCUGUUGGAAGGCUGCAGCAGGUUCAGAGGGUGUUACAUGAGCACUGAUACAUCUGCUUCCUUUCCCCUCUUCCACACUCUCACUCCUCAAAUGAGUCUUUCCUCCAUCCUUUUAACUCCUGAAUGUCAGCCCUGCUUUCCCACAGACACCUGAGCUCUCUCUGAUGAGCCAGCACUUGGGUUCCAGCUGGAACCUUUCCCUCCUCACAGCUCUGUUCACAGUCUUGCCUUUCACCCACUGGACAUCUCACGCUAUCUUUAUCCACCCCAGUAGUUUAACCAUGUCCUAUACACUUUUUACUUGAAUUUGUGAGUCUUCUCUGGCCUGCAGUACCUGCCCUGGUUAAACACAGUAGAGGAAAUCUAGGGGAGGAGAAAAGAAAAAUAGGUCAGUUAAAGUGCAGUUGAGCAUAGGUUUGGAAAUACCAUUUCAGUGCAGCUGAUUUCUGGCCUCCUAGAGCCAUGAGCACAAAGUACAGUCAAAGGGGUGGUAUUUUGUGUGGUUGUGGACUUUUUUUAACAGUAAUUUAGGGAUAUUUUUUAAGUUCAGUUUUUCAGACUGUUUAAAAAUUAAAUUUAAAGAAAUGAGUUCUCAGAUUUCUUCUGGGUGUUGGCAGUGUUUGUGUAUGAAGCAGAGCAUUAUGCACAGCCUGCUUCUGCAGGAGACCUUAAAAGCUGGAUAGUCCAUGUGCUGAUGGGAAUGUUAAACAGCAUCAUGCUGUAUUUUUUAGGGGGUGGGCUGGUUCCCUGCAGCAGGCUGGUGUUAGGUGGCCCUCUGAGAGUGACAGUGUCUGGACUGCAGAAGGGAGUGUGCUUUUUCAUGGAAGCAUCAGUCAAUCCCUUGUCUGAGCCCUGAGCAGGAC